GGAUGCUUCAUUGCGACUACCUGUUAGCGUCGACUGGCUGGCUGGCGAUUUUCUUCAUUCGAGACUUGAUAUUAUUCCCAUACUCAAAAUAGCUCUGGACGGAGGAAAUGCUCAGGUGAGGCGUGCCACUCUGAAGACGCGCUGAAAGAAGGAGCAGACAUGCAAGCUUUUAAGAUGAAAUUGCCGGGAUGGGCGGCAAUUAAAGAGACCAAAUUUGACAGCGAAAUCGAAGAUACAAGGUUUUUUGAGUCAGCCUUUGGGUGCGGAUACCCUCGAAAAACAAAGAAAAGCAUGUUGAUGACAUUCAAACUGUCUGAGUAUAUGAUUCCACAAUAUUUGCCAACCAAUUUUCAUAUGAUGGAAUUUGGAAGUGAAUCGUCCGCCGAGGAAAUUUUGACUGCUCUGAAGCAAGCGACAUUUUACCUGCUUUCUACCCACCUGUGUAGAGCCAUGAAACCACGAAAAAUGGUCAAGAUGCAGGAGACCCAAAAAGAUGAACUACUUGAAUUUUACAGAACAAUCGUCGAAAAAGCUGAUAUCAAGCUAUUGGAAGAGCCAAUAUUUUUAAAUGACAUUCUGCAGGAACCGCGGAUUCUCAUUCAACUGCCUUUUCAAGUUAACCUCAUUUACCAAACAAUGCUAGCUUUAAUUUACGAAGGUUGGAGAGUGUGCACGCAACAAUCUGAGUUUUGCAUUUUUGAUAUACCUGCAGAUGUCGAACCGCUCUACAAAAUACUAAGUCAAUUUCAAGAAAAUUUGCACAAAUUGGCUGGCGAGCUCUCAAAUAUUUUGACAAAGAAUUUCAAGGCGACUUCUAAUACAAUAUUUGGAGUCAACACCCGGCGGCUGUUUUUCAAUGAAAACAAAGUAUGGAACAUGUCUCUCCUCGAGUUCAUUUGGAGUGGCUCCUGUACAAAUGUUACUAAGGCUCUCAAAAAAAUUCUCUCGCGUACACUUCAAAAGUUGCAAACGUGCUCGAGACCUGCCCCUUCCGAUCUAGACUUUCCAGCCAAGGAGUUUCGGAUGCAUUUCUUGAAAUUUUGGAAAUUUGAGUGCCUUGAUGGCCGAAAUGUAUCACGCUGCCCCGAUGCCAAUCUGUAUAAUAUAGCUUGCUCGAAGUUUAGAUUAAAAGAUAUCUGCCUCCAGAAUAUGAUUCAAGAAUACAUGAUCAAUACUGGAAAAAUAUCUGGUAUAACUGCAGAAGAAGCAAUGUCUUCAGUUACUAAAAGGCGAAUGAUGGUCUCUAUCUACUCACAGAUGGCAUUGACAUUCAUCGAGCAACAUGAACUUGACAAAGGAUUUCAAGAUGCCGGUGUCAUCUUUAGCAUAAUUUGCAAUGCGGAGGCAAAAGCAAAAGCUGCUCCCAAUUUUGUGCAUUUGUGCCAAAUGAUUGUUUCUGCUAACCCAGAGAAAGCAAAGUUCCACGCUAUUGACUGCGAUGGACCUGAUAUGUCUCUAUCUCAAAUCACCAAAGAACUUGAAGACGUGGACAAAAAAAUUAAUUCAAUACAAACAAGAUGUAGCUUGGAAGAGGAGGUGAUGAAAAUGCUUCAAGAGGUGCAAUUUCCUGAACAAGCGUUAGAUGAGGUGCCUGACGUGGAACUCCUUGGAGUUGAAAACACUGUGCUGAUUUUUGAGGCCGCUCUUAAACAUCGCGUGUUUAAAGUGUACACGGAUUACUUCGAAUGCCUCGCAUUAAUUGAUUUCGAUCCGCUAAAAAGCACGUUUUCCCCAAAACUGCUAUUUGUGCAGUACAUUUUCCCUCACCUUGUUCGAUUGCUGCGCACUAUGAAUGAAUCGCCGAUGACUGAGCAAAAGAAGUACGUUUACUUUUUACACCAAUUGCUAUCAAGCAACUUUUACAAACCAAGUGAAGAGGACGAGAAUGCGUCUCCGUGGCCGAAUCUUGAUACUGUGGAUGGCAUCUUGUCGCAAGGCAGCAAGGAGUUUCACAAACAAAAAAUCCGUUUUGUACAACAAAUUUGCUCAAAGCUCUUUGCCACAAAGCAGUCUGAAAUUCUAAUAGAAUAUUUCGAUUUCUUAGGAUUGUCAAUGGAACUUCCUUACGAAGGCAGUUAUUUGGUCGACUAUGUUCUUCCAUGGAACAUACAGAUAGUCCACUUUUUGAAAAUAGUUUUGGUUUGCUUAGAAAACACCUGCGACUCAUUUGAUUGCUCUGAUAUGUGCAUUUGCAGUAAUGUCCCAGACAUGACCAUUUCCAUUCUUGAGGUGCUGUACGUUCAUUUUACCAAAAACAAUAUUCCGGUCUUUGAGAACGACUUUCUCAAUCAAGUUCUAAGGAGCUUAAAUGGCCACAAUGAAAUUGCAUUAAAAUCAAAGACCGUCAUUGCUGCCAGUUUUUCGAACAUGCAGUUGUUCGGCGUGAUUAUGUACCUUGCAUUUCAAUAUAUUGCGGACAGUCCUACGCUGAUUGAAAAAACGUCAAGAAUGCUGCUUGUUAAAAAUGCUUUGGUAGCAUAUCAAAAUCAGGACUUUUGGAGGGCAAAGCAAAAUAUGGCCAUGUUGGUAAAUGAUGCGAAAAGAGUGGACAUGUCACUGUUCGAUUUGACUGCAUUUAGGUUAAGAGGUGGAUUAUACAAACAAAUUACGAUGAAUACUGAAAAAAGCGUGGGAAGGCAACGCGUUAAAAUGAACAAACCUGGCGAAAUUACGUUCUGCCCCAUAAAGCACUGCAGGUGGUGUGGACUGAUAAAUUCUCCAGAUUUUAACAUUUGCCAGGAAUGUCAGUAUGAGAGUGAUUAUCCUGAUGUUAACUUGUUCUGCUCAAAAGAAUGCGAGGAAAGAGCACUAAAUGAUUCUCACCUAGAAGAACAUGCUCGUUUUUUGAUUGAACAAAUGAAAUUUUAAAUGAAACUCAAUGGCCACCAGCACGUUGGCCCGCAUUGUUAAGGCACUGCUAUGUAAUAAGAUGAUAUAGGUUUUAUUAUUGCAUGUUAAUUCUCACCAAAAAAUGUAUACAUAUAUAUGUUAAAAAACAAUUUGUCAAAAAUUGAAAAUAGAAAGCACAUAGUGAGAAAAGGCACUAUUCCUGGCAAACAUCUCGCUAAACCUUGCUUGAUAGGUUUUCGCAUAUGCUAAACCUAUAAAUUUUUGUAAAUGUAAAUACACGUCAAGUAUACACGAUGCAUGCAAAAUAGGUGCUGGCCUUUUUUGUCUUGCAAAUAAGUCUGCAAUCUCUAAA